AUGAAGAGACGAGGAGGUGUUGCUAUUUCGACUGAAUGCAUCGUGGUAUCUAUUUACGGUCAGCAGCAGCGGCUGGAGACGAACGAGCGAAGUAUGCGAGUUAAGACGAGGACAUGUACCGAAAGCACGGGAGCUCGUGCCGAGCGUUCCCGCGGAGUGACGGAGAGAUGGCAAGACAACAGUAACGCCGCAAAACGGCGGCUUCACCUAAUCCCAGACCCGCACCUUCGUUCGCAAGCUUUAACCCAUCACCACCAUCACCAUCACCAUCAUCAUCACCACCACCUCCUCAAUCGUCACCAUUCUCAUCAUCUGCAGCACCAGCAACGUCGGCAUAAUCAGCAUAGAUUGCAAUCCCAGCACUCCCAUUGGCCUGUCAACAUUUCGCUGACACUGGUCCAUCGACCUAACGAAGACAGUACUGUUGAAUCAAGAUUUAGCAAGCUAGUCAGGCGCGACAGGACGCACAAUCGUCACCAGGGCAAGCCGUCUUGGUGUCGACGAUGCGCCGAAUCGACUACGGAGCGGAGAAACUGGCGUUCGAGUAACACUGGACUCCAGCCUCCAUCUUCGUAUUCCAAGUACCGAACGCGCGGAGCAACUUUAAUCAAAAAGCUCGACGACCCGCCACUUUCCUCUGACAAACCUGCUCCAUCUUCGGCUAAAAAGUUGAAGAAGUUGAGACAUCGGAACGGACCUUAUUUGGACCCUGAUCAUCACUAUCACUCCGACACGGUACUCGACGACACGAUGUCGCCAGUAGGAGCCAGUUUCUUAACAUCCAUGAAAAUGAGUUUUUCGUUGUCUUCGCUGCAGCCUUCUAGCGGAAGUCUAGAAAGUCCUGAGCAUGUGAGGAUUCGAACUGACCGUCCUUAUAACAGCCUUACCAAAAAAAGGAAGGAUCCCGAGCAGGAACAGUGGCGUCGUUCUUGGGGAAGCCGAGAUGAGAACAAGGAUGAUUUCUGGGCAGCUAUACAGUCAAAUUAUAAUUACAUAAUGGAUACGAAUCUUAUCGACAGUUGCAAGGAAGCAAAUGGAGAACUUGCUUGGGACGAGGGUGAUGUGUCGACUCUUUCAUGGGGUCUGAAGGAGCUGAGUGGACAAUUCUCAGAAUUGUAUGCGUGGCUGGGAGCUAUUCAGGAGAUGGUCUACUCCAAGGAGGAGAACGUUCUGGACAAAAGUCUGCGCGCGGCUCACACCGAGGAGCUGCGACGCAAGGCGUACAGAAGAAGAUUGUUCAACGAACAAGCGGGAAAACUGGUAGCCAGAGCUCCAACAUUGAGGGAUGAAGUUGCCUGGCGUGUUGAUCAUCUCAACACCAAAUGGGAACUGGUUGAGCAGAUCAUGGCACCAGGGGAACAAUCUAUUUCUGACGAACAGGAUGUUUCUGCAGACUUGGAGCACGAGGUCAAGUGCCUGAGGAAGUGGCUCCGUGAGAUGGAAUCUCGACUGCAGCCUCUGAGUUUCCGUGUAGAUUGGAGCAGAGCCGAACUGGAGGAGAAAGCGAUGGAGCACAUGGUUUUGCAACGGGACAUCGAAGCCCAUGGACGAAUUGUUAAUUCGGUGGUGAAGUUGAGUGAGCGAGUCGCCCUGAGCGCCCAACAAAAUCAAAAGGAUCAACAGCCACAGCAACAGCUACAGCAACAGCAAUCAGGCCAGGCGCUACGUGUGGCAAACUCUCUCGAACGUCGCUGGCACCUCUUGUUCCUUCGUGCCUUGGAGUGGCAGUGCCACAUCGAGGCUCUCGCUGCACGCAUAUGCAACAAGAGUCCCGUGUCUUGUCGCUGCAGCAGUGAUAGCGACGAGGAGCCGGUCACGAAACAACCGCGCCUGAGUCGUCGGCAAUCACGCGAGUCGCGAAGCUCCUCGAGAAGAUCGACGCGGUCAACUUUUCCACGGAAGAGCAGACUGUCAGGGGGGGACGUAUCCGACAGCGACGCGCUUUCCGAUAACAAGCUAACCGACGAUGGGUCAUACUUCGAGGAUGAGCUGUAUCAGCUCUGUGUAAUGGACACGAGGCCGACGGUCGAUUAUCCUGAAGAUUUGGAUAUCGUUGGCGGGCGUGCAGUUUCGGUGGAGUUAGGAGACCGCGGCGAGGACGGCGACAUCGAGGAAAGUGGUGCCAGUGAAGAAGAACGAGACGAUAUGCCUCCGACUCCAGUUGUCGCUCCCACGUCGGCGAACCCGAUUCGAGAUCUGUGCGAUGAAGUGGAUGGCGCCAGACGCAUCGUCAACGGUGUCAACCUCUCGUCUUCCCAGAUUCCAAUGAGCAUGGAAGACGAUAGCCCAAGACGUCGCCGAGCCAUGGCCGAGUCGGCAUUUUUCAAUACGUCCGAUAGGAAAUCGAAGAACUGUGCUACCUUCUACUUCAAGCACUUGGACACCGACUCGGAGGUCGACUGCCGUGGCGCUGACAACCAGUCGCCGGUGGCUGAUGAUUCUUCGGAGGAGGAGUGGACCUACACGCCUCAGCCGCGGUCAACGGAGCCACAUCUCACCUCGGAGCAAAGAAAGACCAACGUCGUUGUUCGUCUGGAUUUUGGAGAGGAGGCCCGUGUGGAGGAGAGAACGAUGAUUCGUGCUAUGUCGAACGACGUUAACGGGAACGCGACGUUUUGCAACGGAGAUCAGGCCCACUUUGAAGAAGACGACGAACUGGGAAAGGACAGCGAGGACGAUAUGAUGAACAACAAAGAGUGCAUCAGAAGACUGGUUAGCCAGGCUGAGGAUCUCGUCAGAGAGGAUAUGUCGCCUGAUGGAAAGGCGGGCAAAGGCACGAGGAUCUUUCCUCCGCUGAUGUUCAAUCAGCAAGGACUGAACAUGGCUAGCACUCGCGCCAAGUAUGCCCGCAUCAAGGAGUGGCUCAAACUCAACGUCAUUCUACCGAACGAGGAAAAGUCCAUGUCUCAGGCGUUGGACAGCUGUGAUGCGAGUGGCGAAUGCACGACGGGAGAAUCGGACGUUGACAAGCAAUCGCAAUCAUCGGAGGAUCUGCAGAGCAGCGUGGCAACCUAUCGACAAUUUGUUGGCAGUUUGGAUUGCGUAUCGCAGUCCGUUUCGCAGGAGGUUGUAACCGACUACGACAAAACUCCCGUCAACGAUAAGCAAUACUUGCUAACCGACUCAAGCACACCGAAGGUUGUCAUGCGUAUAAAACGAAAAUCAAACGGCCCGCGACCCUGGAGCGUUUCUUGCAUAUCCCAAAUUGGUAAUGGCGGAAACCUCGAAGGAAGCAAAGAUCAGAUAUCACAAUUUUCCAUCUCUGAAUCAGCUCUGCAUCAGCUUGUCGCUUCGCCGCCGAUGAAAUCUGGUUCUUUGGAUGCUAGUGGUUCGAGCGCCGCGUUCAAUAAUUCGUCAUCAACGCUGCUGGAAGAAACGAUGAUUGGUUUAGAUGGAAGUGCGACCAAGAACAGUUCCUUACGUAGGAAGAAGAUCAAGCUGCGCAAAAAGCAUUUGGGUCGCAAAAGUGAAUCCGGUUCGGACAGCAUGAACGUGAAUCAUCAUUCAGCGGGGAGUGACGGAUGUUCAAACCAGCAGCGUUCUUCGCGUAAGAGUGGCGCGAUUCGUGGAGCUCGUGUUGUUGCGCGUGACGGCUAUGGCCGCCCAACAACUCUCGUCAAGUCUGGUUCGUUUUCGGGUUCAACAGCUCGUCAGCAAUUGUCAUUAGAGAGAAAUACGGUCAGCGAUCCGGCCCCGCCAGCCAGAUCCAAUUAUCACAGGAGAGACGAGUCGACCUCGGAGACUGAGGACGAACCGUGCCCGGCCGCCAGGCUGCCGAUUUCUGCACUCAAGGGAAACCCCAUAGACACUGUACUCUUCAGUACCGAUCUGAGUAUUCCGCAAAUAAACGUCGACAGCGAUGUAGAAAAGAACAGCUUCAGCAACAACUCGUUCUCGGAACAGGCUUGGGAUAACUAUCAGGAAAAGUACAUGAGCGAGCCCUACAGUGAGGCGCCUGACUCUGAAGCAGCCCGUCGUCUUCUCGAAUUCGGCGAUGACUACAGAAACUUUCUUGACAGUCAAUCCGAUUGUGCUUCGAGCUUGAGCGCACGCAGAGAUGUCUCGCCGCCUUUGCCGAGGAAACGCAAGCAGCAUGGACUCGGAGUAACGAACGAGGAUAGCGACAGCGACAUAGAGGAUCUUCGUAGUCUGGUUGAAAAAUCGCAGUCACAGCUUGUUCUUUCUGAAGGGUUGUUGUCGCGACCAACACGCACCCUUUUGCUCGACGACGACUGCGCUGAAGUAGAGUCUACCUGCAAGGAAAACAUAAGAUGUUUACGCGCAGUUCUGGAGGCGGCGGGAGGGGCGUUGAGAGGGGAAAGGAACACGAAGCAGAUUCGCAGUCUGAUAGAACGCUGGGAGUCACUGUCAACCCGCGCUGAGGAAGCGCGAAGAGCUGCUGCCCUUCAUCGGGACAUGGCAGCUGUCCGAGUAGAACUCCGAGCUGCCCACGACAGACUUCUUUCAUACGAAAUUGUUCUCGAUCAGCAUCAUCUUCUCGACGAGCGUAUCAACCAGGUCACUGGUGAACUGGCCACGCUAAGGGAGCGCAAGACGGCACUUCUGGCACUGAACGUCACGGCGCACCGCCUGGUUACGGACGCCGGAGUUUCUGGCUCCCCUGCAUUAACGGCUCUCAAGGACGAGGUGGCUGACCUUUACCGAGUUUGGGACGAGACGUUUCAAAAGGGAAACCAGCAGCUGAGCGCGUUGCAGUCGAUCCAACAGUUUGCCGCACGUCUUACCGAGUUGCAGAGUGCUCUCCGUAAGGACAAGGACACGCUGGCCGUUCUCGACGCUGCACUCCAGGCUGGGGCUGCUUCCGAGGUCGCCUCCUCUGUACGUGACGUCGCGAGACUCCUCUCCGAGAAACAGGACAUUUGCUGCCAGAACGGCGGACUAGCUACAAAGGACGCCACGGUCACCGAGGUCGGUGAGGAAGGAGCGACCGCCGCAGCUAUGGUAAUAGCCAACGGAGGUCUGCAGGAAGGAGGUUCCUUGUCGGACAGCGGAAUAUCGGACAGCGGAAGCGAGCAGGAACUCAGCGAACGGGAGCGUCGUCUCGCCGCCCUUCGUCGUUUGGCACGUACCCUCGAAGCUCAGCUAGCACCGGGGAGCGAAGCGCUCGUUGAACUCGCCAAGAGGGUCGAAAGCGCCGAAGUCGAGCUUCGCGGACUCCAAAAGCAGUGCAGAGAGUUGAUCGUUCGCACCGCUGCCAGCGUCGAAGCUCGCGCUGCGAAUCGGUCGCGCAAUCAGGCUUCGAAUUCGAACAGCAAACGCAAGAAAAAUUCCAAGAUGGACGAGGACGCUGGGGUCCCUGGCGAGUUGUCUCCAAUUUCAAUAAGCGGAGGCGGAGGACUCGUUGGUACCGGCGAUCCGGACAGCGAUCCUGGACGUCCCCGCGGAUGGGUUUGGCGCGUCCUGAGGGCAGCGCUUCCCUUCCAGUUGGCCCUGGUGGCGCUUUUCUGCGCUGCCUGCCUGCUCGAGCCGCAUUGCUGUGAAGCUGCGAACACCUUGAAUCUCUCUCUGACCCCGCAGCUUCGCUACGUCCGAGGACCGCCUCCGGUUUGAGCUUGAUUACGAAUUGUCUUCAUAGCUGUUUUAUGUGCCGCUAAGGGCGUGUCGGUUUCUCGGCGAUGUGAAAGAAAAUUUUUGAUGCCCUGCUUCUGUGAAUUUUGAAGAAUGUCUUGCAGUGACUGUCGGAAUGACAGGCAACGGUGCUGGGUUGAAAGAGAGGAGUUUUUACCCUGAAUUAGAGAAAGGGUGGAAAACGAAAAAGUAAAGAAAAGAAAAUAAAAAAGGAAAAGAAACGGCAACGUGAGGAGACGCUGUGUUUUUUCUUAUCGGCGAUACUCGCAAUUCCAGGAGCUGCGUUGAACUGCGAGAAGUGUCAGGUAAGCAAGGGAAUGGUAUUUACGAGUUUGAAGCACAAACUGUGAAUGAAAUUCUCACAGCUGUCGAUGAAAUAAUAAUCGACGCAACCUCUUCAGCUGGCGAUAAUAUUCGUUGCAGCCUGGUGUAUAUGAGCGAGAUUGGUGAUCGUCGAAAGGACGAUUUUAACGCAGGGAUAGCUGCGUUAUGUUAUGUUGAAUAUUGCUUUCGUUUUCCAAUUAUUGUUAAUACCGUUCUUAGGUAUAGAACCGGUGAAUAAAUUUCGUAUUGCUGUUUGAAUGAAAAAAAAACAAAGAGACAGAAACAAGUAACGAAUAAUCAGCAAUUAUAGUCGUAUGAAAUAAUUAUGAAGGAUUCUUUAAAGCUUUUACAGUAUAGACAGAAGUAUCCUUAUUUCACAGUCGUGUACAUCGUGAAAUUAAUCACUGUAACAGAACACCAGUAGAUAUAACAAUUAUCAGUAGUUAGCUGUGUCGAGAUAUCAUAUUUUUUACUAGAAAAAAAAAAAACAAAGAAAACGAAAAAAAAACAUUGAAUUUUUAUUAUACGUUGCAUGCUUGUAAAGCAGAUAGUGAAGUUUAAUUAAUUAAAUGAAAGAGGAUGUAGGGACGAGUUUUAAAUUUUGAUGUUAUACAAUUUUCAACGAGCUCAGAACACUCAAUUCACAAUAUAAUAUUUGUUUAUAUAUUUAAAAAAAGAAAUUCUUAGGUAAAGAGAAAAAAUCCGGCUCUGCGGAAUGUUUCAGCUAUAUAUAGGUACGAAAAAUGCGAGAAAUUGUAGUUAUUUUCGAAAGUAAAAAUUCCUUGCAUUCGUUCCGAGUCCUCUUUGGCAAGAUUAUUAUAUAAUAUUUAUAUAAUAUGGGUUUAUAAAACAUAUAUUAUGUGUCGUAGUUAGUUAUCAACAUACUUAUAAUUUAGAAAUAUCGACAUGAGCCCGUUCAAGUACAUAAUUACAUGUACUGCAAUGAUUCAGGCGAUGAUGUAUGCGUAUAGUGCUAUUCGAAUGCCGUUUGUACGCGUAGCCGUAAGUGCAACGCAACUUGUCAGCAAAGAUACACGAUUCGACGGUAUUUAAUCAAAGGGUGACCCCCGUGUGCCGUUUGAAUACUUCGGCCUGACAAGUGUGAAAAUCACGGCAUGAAAAAAAAUGGACAAAAAAUUUUUGCGGUAGUACUAUCGAUACAAAAAAAUCGGAAAACGGAUAUGUCCAUCAUUUGUCGGUUGCCACUAAAUGACGUUCAGUACCCGGGGAUAUGAAUCGAAAGUGGACGGUUCCCCCUUUUAAACUUAUAUGCAUGGCGCUGCUGCGUGCGUGCGCGACUGUAUAUAAUAUACCCUAAGUUUUAAUUACUGAAACUACCAAUUAUAAUAUUGUAAUAUAUUACAUACAUUAUAGUAUAGUAUAUAUACACAUAUAUACAUAUACACGAGUGAAUAAUCGUAGGACACGAGUAAAUCUAUCGAUCUUAAAUUAAGACUUUAGACGUUGUGGCGUGUGCGAUGAGCUGUGUUUUAUAAACCUCUACAUACUUAAGUUCUUUUUUUUUAAUUUUUUAUCCAAUUUCGUCCUGUAUUUUUUUUUUUUUUUUUUGUUUUGUUCUCUCUUUUACAUCUUUUCUUAAUCAUAUUUCGGCCAAGGUUGUCGACCCUUAGUCUCAGCUUGGAUCGUCGGAUGCUUGAUGGAGGUUUAAAAACCUACCGAACUGAAGGAAAUGAAGAGAAUUAAGAACUUGAUAUACCGCCUGCAAUAACGAAAGCGUGGAAUAAUCUGAGCUGAGACAGGCGUUGACCGUUAUGACAUAAUCGCCGAAAAAUGUAUCUAACAACUUAAAACAUAUGUAUAGGCAUAGUUAUCAUGUUCCACGAUACUUUACGAUGUGUCGUGUUGUUAAUCGGCUGUCUUUCAAGUAAAUUUACCUACUUGAUGAGACGCGACAUGACUUUUGACCAUUUUACAAAUUAACAAUUUUUCCCUUUUAUGCAUGGCGUGGGAACGAAUGGUUGGUGAAUAUUGAUUAGAAGCGAAAAUGUGGCGUUUUAUCGUCCUCGCCCAACCAGCCCGGCAUAAACAUGGAAUACCAUGAGUACUUUGAAAUAUAACGUACUUUCAAGUACGACGAAAUACGCAAGUAGUUGCAUAUUGUAAUCGCCUUAAAAACUGACAAGUCAAUUACAUUGCGACGUAAGAUAAUGUAUAAUUAGCGUUAUCAUAUGAAAUUAAGUGUAGGAUCACCGUCGUACGUUUUCUUCUCGCCGCUGUGCACCCGCCUUCUGGAACUAUUUACGGUUCUGUAAGAUUUUCGUGAAACUUGCUUUUCCCUCAAAUCCUGCCUUGGGUGGCGUCUUCGGAGAGAAGAAGAGUAUAACCGGUGAAUCCAGGUCAAAUUAACUGCCUUACAUCUAACUAUGAUAAUGUGUAUAAAGUACCUGAUAAUAAGAAUAUUUAAUAACACAAAUAAUUAAUCAUAAUAUAGAGCUAUAUUAUAUUAUUUACAAUGGAUAGAAUAAUUCAUUGGUAUAUGCUUGAAAUUGGUGUUUUAGCCGGGGGUCUCACAAUGCGUUUUAUCUCGCGCCAAGUUCGUCGACUACGUGAAAUCCAUUUAUCGAUCAAUGAUUCGCGACGGUUGCUGAUUUUUCACAAUUUCAAUAUCCGCAGUCACAAUCAAUGCGACGAUGAAAAAUAUGAGAAGCAAAAUUAAAAACUGAGGAAACGCCCUAAAAAGAGGCAAACAUAAUAUAUACCUACAUCUUAACCUUAUAUUAUUGUAUUGACAAAGGUUUUCGUGUUUUAUAUGUGCGCGAGCUUUAUAUAAGAAUAAAGUUUUGAGAAGCUUAAUUUGAGUAACGCUUUAUGUUUGAAGCUUGACUGGAAUGGAUUAUAUUUUUUACUGAUUAUUAAAAAAUCGCUUAUUUUUAAUCUAACCUUACGAGCUGUGUCAUCCAAGUUUCGUGUGAAAUUCGUGAGAGUUACAGAAACGGUUCGUUUUACGCAAUUCGAAUCGAGUUCCUUUUCGCGAAACCAGCACUGCGGAAAAUCCUAGCUAUCAAUUAGCGGGUUUAAUAUGUAGGGUAAUUUCCUAGGCGAUAAGAGUUACUAUUAACUUUAUACCUAAACAUAUAAUCAAUGAAAUUCAAUAAUUCCGAUUGCUCAAACGCAUCUCAUCAGAAUUCCAUCAAUUAUACUUUCGUUAAAAAUCUUUUUUUUCCUUCAAAUCCAAACAUAAACUUGAGAAAUGGAAUGCAAUAAAGCAAAGUAAAAUGAUAAUAAUAUGCAGCCCGCCCGAUCUCGUUACAAUCAAAAUGCCUCCGAAGUAGUCUCUUCACUGAUCAUCAUUUACAAGUUCACCCAUAUACGUCAUUCCACAAACUUAAUUCAUUCACAGUCACGCACGAUCUGUAGUCACCGAUCUAACCUCUGUGGCGGUGUUCAGCCAUUGAUUGAUUACUGUACCGGUAUAUUAUAUACGCCCAACCGUACAUCAACAUUGUAAUAAAAAACAACAAAAAAAAAAAAAAUCAACAAAACUAUAUGUAAACACUAUCGUAAUAGUAUAUUACGAUUUAGUUAUAUCGUAGUUUUUGGCAUCAUUUUACUUUAUCAAAUAUAUUGAAAUGUAUUUUAACAUUUUUUAAUGAAUAAAAUUCGUUUCGAUGCAAACGAAA